CCUCACCUCGAUCUCGAUGGGAUGGGAAAAGGAAACAUACAUUUCCAUUCAAAGCAUUGUAUUCUAUUCUUGCCCUUUUGCAUUUUCUAUUUUCACCUUCUAUUCGAUAAUCUUGAUGGACGUUCGGAUUUGAGUCAACUGAAUACGAUCACUGGUCGGAAGGUGCAAUCUCUGAGACGCAGGCAGGGAACACUGUAAUUUAGAUGAAUGGACAUUGUGAGCGUAAAAUGCAGGCAAAAUCUCUUUCACAAGUGUUGCAGGAGAAGCAGGAGGAGGCUUUGGUGGUUUCGAAAGGCAAAAUGAAGAGAGGCAGAGGGUACAGAUUAUCAGGGCAAGGGUAUGAGUUGAGCUCCUCAUCAUCGAGCGCAACAACUCUCAGGGAAGCGGCCGCCAGGAUUUUGGAGCCCAGAUUGCAUUCCUGUACAACCGUUCGUUACCUUGUUCAUUUGGAUCGUAUGGCUAAUUUUAAAAAUAGUAAACGCUUGAGAAAAUCACAUGCGUAUGUGGACGAGGAGUUGAGUGGUAAGAACAACACCUCCGCCUCCAAUGCUGCAGAGCUCCUACUCAACGCACUCGGAUUGUCUAGGUUUUUUGUCUUCAACAACAAGAACAGGGGAGCAACAGGGCAGAGGAAGAAUAAAUAUAAUCUACUCAAGUCUAUUUUGACAAGGGUAGCCCCGUCUAAGGAGUGUAUCAAAGAUGCAUCAUCUGCUUCAGAGUUGGGAUUCUCAAAUGCCCCGAGGCCUUGGCCGGAAGUGCAAGGAAGUGAGGAAGCUAGACUUAGAAUAUAUGACAUUGUGAGGUGGAAUUCGUUCCAAGAAUCAGAAUUUCUUGAUAUCUAUGAGAAUGCGGGCCAUUCAAGGACCAGCUUGGUGAGAGAAAAGGAAAGCCGUGGAGAUGUUAUUAGUAGUACCUGCUUUUCUUCAUUGGAAAGGAAGGUCAGUGGGACUGGGAAAGGAAAUGUAGAGGAUUUUUCCUUUAGCAGUAGCAGCAGUGAAUGGCUAGAAUCGAGCCUCGACAGUGACCGUGGAUCAAACUCUACUGGUCGAAGCAGCAGCUCUGAUUGUAGUGAGCUUAAAGGAAUUGAUCCCGAUCCUGAUCCUUGCAAUUUAGAGGAAUCCUAUUUUUCCUUGGAGAUCGAUCGAGCUGGUGAUUUUGAUCACAGUCCGAGAUCUGCAGUGAAUAUCAUCACAACAAAACCCCAAAUGUGUGAAGCUGUCUGUAAUCGGUAUGAAGGAUCUGUUACUUGCAUUCAAAAAGAUUAUAUGCGUGCUCCGUCGACUUCUAUUACGACUCCUCUGAAUUUCAUGCCGGAGAUAGAUGAAGUGACUUCAACUGAUGACGUUAAGUCGGACUCCACAGAUAUUGAGGAGAACAAAUGCGCUCCCUACAUGAAUAAAAGGGUUUCGGAGAGAGGUAGCAAGGUAAGCAAUGAGAAUUCAGAAGAGGAACAACAAAGUCCAAUUUCUGUCCUGGACUCACUCACAUACGGCUUAGAGUUUCAAGUUCAACAGAUAGGAGGAGCUAGAAAACAUGUGCUUAAGAAGAUAUGCGAAUAUGAGCAGCUGGCUCAAAUGAAUCCCGUUGUUUUGCAGUGUACUACGACUACAUGCCCAUUGGAAGAGGUAACAGUUGAUACAGACAAGCUUGUGGAGAUGGAGUUGAUGAGCGGAAGAGAAGAAUGGAAGUGGAAGAGGUUUACAGUAGAAAGGGAAGAAAUAGGGAUAAAAAUUGAAGUAGCAAUUUUCCGACUGCUGCUGGAGGACCUUCUACUCGAUCUUCUUGCAUUCUAGCAGUUGGAAAGCAAUAAAAAAGGGCAUCAUCUCGUGCCAUUCCAAGAGUAUUAUAAAUUUUUGAAUCAUUUCACUUCAAUUAGAGAUACAGAUAGUUAGUUAUAUCUACUUAUUUAACAGUUCAUCGCAAUGUAUCUUUAACGAAUAUUCUCAUGUUGCUUCAAUUUUUACAACAUGAAAAAGGCAGAGUAAUAUUAAUUUUGAAUCAUUUCAUUUGUAUUAGAAACAAAGACGGUAUAAUUUGUUCAGCAAUUCAUCAUAUUGUAUUUUUAUAAAAUAUACAUGAAUAUGACAUCAUUUCAAUUCA